UUUCCCUCCUCACCAUCAUGUGCUACGACCGCUAUGUUGCCAUCUGCAAACCCCUGCACUACGGGACCCUCCUGGGCAGCAGAGCUUGUGCCCACAUGGCAGCAGCUGCCUGGGUUGCUGGGUUUCUCUAUUCUCUGCUGCACACAGCCAAUACAUUUUCCCUGCCCCUGUGCCAGGGCAAUGUCCUGGGUCAGUUCUUCUGUGAAAUCCCACAAAUCCUCAAACUCUCCUGCUCACACUCAGACUACCUCAGAGAACUUGGGCUCAUUGUGGUUAUUGCCUGUUUAAUGUUUGGUUGUUUUGUUUUCAUUGUUUUCUCCUAUGUGCAGAUCUUCAGGGCUGUGCUGAGGAUCCCCUCUCAGCAGGGACAGCACAAAGCCUUUUCCACAUGCCUCCCUCACCUGGCCGUGCUCUCUAUUGUUAUCAGCACUGCAGCAUUUGCCUACCUGAAGCCCCCCUCCAUCUCCUCCCCGUCCCUGGAUCUGGCACUAUCAGUUCUGUACUCAGUGGUGCCUCCAACACUGAACCCCCUCAUCUACAGCCUGAGGAACCAGGAGCUCAAGGAUGCCCUGAGAAAAAUGAUGACUGGAUGCUUUUCAGGAGCAAUAAAGUGCCAGGUUUCUCGUGCAUAG